UGGGAAUGCAGAUUUAAAGUGUAUAAUCUAGGUAUGUAUUUUUAGCAUUUUCAAUGUCACACUGCUCCUGGAGCGUGCAUGUAAACAGAGACAUUGGCUGGUGUGAACCUAGUUAGAGGAGUGAAAUGUUGAAAGGAAUUAAGCUUAGAACAGCAGCUGAUAAAAUUGUGUUCUUUGCUAAAAAACUACUGCAUCUUAUAACCAAAGUGGUUCAGAAGAUCCUUCUCCUGAUAUGCUCAAAAAUCCAAAGGAAACCUGUGACACUAGCUGGAGUCUUUCUGGGAAACAUGAAUUCAUGCCACCACAACACUUUCCAGACACAGAGAAAUGCCUUUUUUAUUGGCACCUUUCAAAAGCAAAGAUAAGCUUGGAUAUCACAGUUAGACUGUCAGACUAAUUUACUAAGUACUUUCCAGAAGAUCAAGAUAUGAUGGAUGUGAGAAGAACAAUAUAUGGAUUCAAUUCUGCUCUAAUUCAAAACCCAUUGAGCCAUCAGCAGGUCAGAACUAGGUUUGCUUGUGAAAAAAUAGCAGAUGUACAUUUUAUUAUUUUUGAACUGUUCAGUACUUCAAAUGAUGUGAAAUGAGACACAUAUCAGUGUACCCUGUUUGUUUCACAAGGAGAGAUCUGGCUAUAGACUUCCUAUAAUACAAAAUACUAGGUUAAAUCUUAGAGUGUACUGAAACAAUAACACCAACAAAGUAUUUCUUAUCAAAUCAUAACCUAAACAUCAGUUAAAUAAGGCUUGACUGCUAUGAUUGCCAAUAAUUCUGAAUUUGCUCUCUACACCAAACACUCGAGUAAUGUGAUAACCUGAGGUGUAUUUUGAGCUCAAUAACCCCUGUAGGCCUACCUAGUAUAUAGUCUCACUGACUUUUUUCAGAGUAAAUAUUAGGAAUGACAAAGCAUUGUUCUUGUGUAUGGCAGAAUUUUGACAUUCUAGUUGACACAGGAGGAAGGGGUAGGAUGAGACGGCAGGCCAGAGGCUAUCCUGACUGCAUUCCUGCAAAGUAGCCACAAGAUGGUGCCUUCUAAUUUCUGAGUGGGAAAUUUAAUUGUUACUUUUUAAUAGAAUUUAUUUCACAAAGCUCACCUUUUUUUAUUUCAGCCUUUAGAAAAUAUUUUAGUCUUCUAUUCUUUUCUAUUGUUUAUGGUAGAACCAUCUAAUCAUGUCAUCUGCUUGUAAACACGUUAUUAAGCAGACCUUUUUUAUCUAGCCAAUCUUGACAAUAAAUGCCCAGUCAUUUGCAUUUUAUAAUUGCUUUUGCUGGUGAAUGACCUGCUCCUUGAUUUUAACAAGCACUCAGAGGGCAGUGAAUAAGCAAUGUUAGAAACAGGAGCCAUUUAAAACAAUUACUAUGUCGUUUUUUUUAUUAUUAUUGAUGUGCUUCAAUGUGUUAUGUGUUUAUGUCCAUUUCAUACAUUUAGUUUUGUAUAGGUCAUAUUAUUACCAUAAUGACCAUGGAAAACAUUGACCUUGAAGAUGAUUAAUAUUUAGCAUAAUAUAUUGAUGAUUCUCAGUUUGAGAAUUUAUUGAUCUUUCCUUCAUUUUUGUGUUUGAGUUUGGGUUUGUGGUGGUUUUUUUGAGACUUCUCUGAGAUUAUUUCUAUUUUGAUACCACCUUCACAUAGUGAUUAGACAAAAGAUAUUACCAUAAGCGCCAGUUCUGUGGUAGAAACUGCAUGUGCACUGCUGAAAACUUUAGGAUAAAAUUCACAGUAUUGCUGAAGGCAAUGUCAAGAACAUAUGGAGCAUUUCUUGUUGUCACCCUUGCAAAUGGUUGUCUUUGUACCUAUCCUGGUCAUGGUUUCUUUGGAGAAGGUGGCAUUGGCUUGAGAAGUUUUCUUGAAAUCUGGUUUUACUAAUGUAGUGGACCCACACCCUUCCCAAGAGGCAAGGAGGGGCUAAGGGCUGCUUAGCUGAAAAAACUAUAUAUAUGUCAACAUACACAGUUGACACCACAUCCUGAUUGUGCUUCCCGGUUAGUUCUUGAUUUUUUUGCAUGAAGUUAGUGUAAAUGCUAACACGAGUUUAUUUGCCAAGGUCCUUCUACAAUCUGUUUGAAACAGAACAAAUUUAAUUCAUUAUGUCUUAGAAUGCUGCUUUUUAGAAUUGAGGAGAGCAAAAUGCAUAUAUGUAACUUGUCCUAUAUGGAAUGUUCUUACAGCAAGAAGUUAAUCAGUAAUGAAAUACUGUGGGUGCUUCUUUGUGAGCAGGAUAUGUAGAUACGUUUUAAUUCUUAUCUUACAGUGCAAAACAAAAAUACCACAAUAAUUUAAUAUGAACAAUGAACAAUGAAAAUAUUUUUAGGAUCCAUUCUUGCUUUACCAGAAUAUUUUAUGUUGGCUGUUUCUUUUCCAAAUUUUACUAGAUUAGUUUUCAUUAGAGUCUUUUUCAUUACUUUCCAAAAAAAAAUUGCGGUUGUCAGUGUUACUGGAGUUCUGAGAAUAUUCAUUAUAGUUUACUACCAAAAGCCUCUGCUAUUUGGGACAGUUUUGGAACAACCCCAAAAUAAAUCCCAGCCUAGUGAUUUUUUUUUUUUUUUCUUUCCAGGGGUAGGCAAAUUCAAAAGAUUUUAAAGUUGAAAAGCCUGUUCCUCAGACUACAACAAACAAAAGAAUGUGGGUAUUCUUGGUAAAUCAAAGUAAAAGCUUUGGGAUUUGUAUCCCAAAUAACUGUUACACAAUGUACAGUCAGUUAUGCAGUCUGUAUUGUUAUGUCACAUUUUGUAAUGGAAUAACCUCAGAAUUUCUAAUGUUAGCUGGGAAAAGGAGCAGCAGCUGUGACAGCUCAUAAAAGGAAAUGUUUCUCUGACUUCAGCACAUUGCGUUCUGCAAAUAUGCAGCUGAAAAAUUGUGAACUUCUAUCAUCCUGUACUGCCUUGAGCACUCUGUGUGGAUGUACAGACUUGUAUGGCUAAUUUGUGUGUUUAGAAGCACACAGAUUACUCGAAGUUGAGGUGUUAAUUAUAAUUAAAUGCCCUCCUGGAAACCACCUGAUUACAUAUUAGAGGAUAUUCUUUAUGGAAGAAACUGUUAAAAACCAAACAAACAAAAAAAAAAAAGGCAGAAAAAAAACCCCCAAA